AUGAUGCAAUCAUCGAAACUGCAAGUUUUUCAAAAGAUAACAGUCAAACUUUUGCUGACUUUAAAAUGGAAUAAAGUUGGCAAUGUUUUGCCAGCAAAAGUUGCUGACAUAAUUAAACACAUGUUUAAUACUAAGCAAGCUGAUGAUCGGUCAAAAGGAAUAAUGGAAAAAUACCUGAGACCAGGGAAUAUUGAAUUAUAUCCUCAAAAGAUCAAUACAGAAAUUUGGGGGCAUCUGAAAAAGGAAACCCAAUUCAAAGACAUUGACUCUUUCAAAUUGAGUGAAAAAUUGAUAAAAUGUUCAUAUGCUGUUAUGAGCUUAGUAGAACUGUUAUUAAAAUCUAAGAAACAGGACAAAAAGUCAGAUGAUAAAGACAGUAGUCUGUCUUCUGGGAUUAAGACUGGAAUGGAUGCUCUUUCAUUACUUGGCCAUAUAGUGCAGGAUCAUAAUCAGAUUAGACGUGAUAGUUUAAAGGUAGACUUAAAUCUACAAUAUAAAAAAUUGUGCAAUCCUUCUCAUAAUACUGAUACUGGAUCAAGUAAAUGGUUGUUUGGUGAUGAACUUGGUAAACGUGUAAAAGACAUAAAAGAAACAAAUCAAGUUGGUUCAUCAGUGGCCAGUGGAAGCCGUCUAUAUAAAAGCGUUUCAAGAUUUAAUUCUAGAUCCAAGCCUUUUUUAUCACAAGGCAACAGUCACUACAAGCGACCUCCACAAAAUCAAAGUCAGUACAGGUUCUCGAACAAGAAGUACAGUUCUCAUCAGAGAAGCAGUUACAAUCAGAACAAGAAAAAUCAGUCAGAGAAAAAAUAG